AUGUCUAAAAGAAUUCCAACAAAACAAGAUGAACGGGAAAAAAUUAACGUACGAGAAAGGUUAACCGAUAACGUGUUAGACUUGAGUCUAAUGAAUAUUUCGGUAGUUCCAGUAGCCGAAAUCAAACCUUUGAAGCGUGCCACAGUUCUAGAUUUAUCAAACAACGUCAUCACAGCUAUAAAUACAGAGUUUACUACACUAGUUCAGUUAACAAAAUUGGAUCUUAGUAACAAUAAAAUCAGGUUGAUAACAGAUGACUUUGGAAAUCUCGUUAAUCUUCGUCAUCUGGAUCUCUACAAUAAUCAAAUUGAACGACUUCCAUUGAGUUUCGGUCGCCUGAAAAAGCUUAAAUAUCUUGACCUGAAAAAUAACCGCCUUAAUCCGGUGUUUUCGAAAAUAGUAGGAACAUGCACAGACCAGAAGGAUUGCAUUGAAGCAGCUAGAAAAGCGGUUACAUUUAUGGUUGACAUUGAGCAACAGGUUCUGGAGGAGCGCCGCAAGGAAAAGGAACAAAAAGAAUUAGAACUACAGCGAGAGCAGGGUAAAGCUCUUCAGGAAGCUAAGCAAUCCGAUAAAGCCAAUCCAGAUAAGAAAAAGAAAAAUAAAAACAAAAAAUCCAAGGUCGACAGCUCACAACCAGUAAACAACCAAAUGGAUGAUGUUGCUACUAAUAAUAAGGUCACCCAAAAGGAAAUAAAAGGAAUCUGUAACACGGAAAAUGAUAGAAAAACUUCAGGCAUGGGAAUAGUCAGGUAUUUUCUACUGGCUGCUCUUGUUGUCAUAGUUCUUACAAUAGUUUUUAUGUUUAAAGCAGAAUUGAUUGAUGAAAUUUUUGGUCGAGGUAGCAUUGAAAUUUUAGAGGAAUAUAUUAAGUAAAAUCCAUUGAGCGAUAUGAAAUAUUAAAGAUAAACGGUAAAACUGUA